UCUCGGUUUGGGAUGAGAGCAGAUCCAUUUCAGAGGCUGCCUGUAGCUUAUAUAGACUCUGCUUCGCCUGAUUCCAUUUUCUAGGCUAACAUCUGGCUUUAACAUCGCUCUCUCAGGAUGUUCAUCCAUUUGGACGUUUAUUAUUACAUUUUCAUCUUGAUGGUUCACAUGAAAUCCUGCUGCAGUUGGUCAGUGAAUAAUUUCCUGAUGACUGGCCCAAAAGCUUACCUGAUCUAUUCCAGUAGCGUAGCUGCAGGCGCUCAGAGUGGGAUUGAGGAAUGCAAGUAUCAAUUUGCGUGGGAGCGCUGGAACUGUCCAGAACGAGCCCUUCAGCUUUCCACCCACAGCGGACUCAGGAGUGCAACCCGGGAGACAGCAUUUGUUCAUGCCAUCAGUUCUGCUGGGGUUAUGUACACUCUUACAAGGAACUGCAGCUUGGGCGACUUUGAUAAUUGUGGCUGUGAUGACACCAGGAAUGGUCAGCGAGGUGGUCAAGGCUGGCUGUGGGGAGGCUGCAGUGAUAAUGUGGGCUUUGGAGAGGCCAUCUCCAAACAGUUUGUGGAUGCAUUAGAAACUGGGCAAGAUGCACGUGCUGCCAUGAACCUGCACAACAAUGAAGCUGGACGCAAGGCUGUGAAAGGGACCAUGCAAAGGACGUGUAAAUGCCAUGGUGUAUCCGGCAGCUGCACCACUCAGACCUGCUGGCUUCAGUUGCCCGAGUUUCGAGAAGUGGGCAACUACCUGAAAGAGAAGUACCACCGUGCCAUUAAGGUGGACCUCCUGCGUGGUGCAGGUAACAGUGCGGCCAGUCGUGGAGCCGUCGCUGAGACCUUCAGCUCCAUCUCUCGUAAGGAGCUGGUGCACCUGGAGGAUUCUCCUGAUUACUGCGUUGAGAACCGUACACUAGGCCUUCCAGGCACCGAAGGCCGUGAGUGCUUAAAAAAGGGCAAGAAUCUGAGUAAGUGGGAGAAGCGUAGCUGCAAGCGGCUAUGCAGUGACUGCGGCCUGGCUGUGGAGGAGCGCAGGGCAGAGACUGUAUCCAGCUGCAACUGCAAGUUCCACUGGUGUUGUGCGGUAAAAUGUGAGCAGUGCCGCAAGACUGUCACCAAGUACUACUGUGUGAGAGCCAAGCAGGUUAAGAAUGAUAGUGCAAGUCGAAGAAAAAGUCUUCGCUUAAGGAAGAAGCACUAAUGUGGUCUUUAAGGCUUGAAAAUGACACAGUGUAAUCUUUAAUAUAUUCAACCUGAAUUUUGAAUGUGCAUUAGCAAUUAAAAAAAACUGACAGUGAAA